CUUGCAAAAGGCGAGAUGUUCACAUCAAGAAGAAUGCUGGACAUCCAGCUAGACAAUGCCGAAAGAAAUAUUAUUUUUUAACCAGGGCUAUGUGUAAAUGUUCAAGACGGUUUUCCAGGUUUUGCGGGGUUGUUGCUCGCACAGGGCAACAGCUGAGACACGACCUGCUUCGCGCGACCUUGGUCCUUGGACAACGCACGCAAUGGCAUCAUCCUGGGAGGGGUACUCUCGAGCCUAUAAGACUGCUGGCCCUGCAAUCAGGUCCUGACUGCUAUUACUCAACGUAAUUCACAAAUACUUCUCCCAUCACCACCACUAGCACAGCGCGCAUCAUGGCUACCGAGGAAACUGUCCAGUUGAACGAGCUCCAUGCCCCGCAGCAGGCUUCCAUCGAUGCCUUCAACUCGAUCCUUCCUGACCUUAAGGGAGAGCUCGCCAAGCUGCGCCGUGAUCAUGACAAACACGAGCCCGAGUACUUCCGCGCAGUCAAGGACCUCUCCGAUGACGACCUUACAUCUUUCUCUUCCUCCGAUCUCGAGGCCGUCCGCGUCGCCGUCUCUGCGUACGGCUUACACCUCUUUGGCAAGGUCAAGAUCCCCACGUUGAACAACGCAUACAUCCACGUCCGCAUCUUCGGGUCCGCCAAGGACGGCACCGAUGGAAGCAGCGCCGAUGAGAGGGAAUACAAGCUUCACAGCAUCCACACCGAAGAGGUCGUCAAGGAUGAUGGUGAUCGUGUGUACAGAGCCAUCUUUGGAAAGAACGACGAAUUGGAGUGGUUUGAUACGUAAUUGAGAUACCCAUAGUGCGGAAUAGAUGAGUUAGGAGGCUAGUAGUAGUUCGUCUGACUGGACUGAACUGGUUUCCUGGUGUCGAAUGCAGCCUUUCGAACCUAGUGAAUACAAUCUC